GCCUGCAUCAUGGCUGCACCAAAAGAGAAAUUACCGUCUCUUGCAGAUUUGACCCACAUGGAAAGAAAGACAUUUAUGAAACAAAGAGAUCCCUGCCUAACAAACAGCAAAGUCAGGCUACAGCAGCGCUGGCAGGAGCUAAAAGAGCGAGAGUUAAGAGCCCAGCAACACAACAAGGAGCUUCUACAGCAGUUUGAGAAAGCCCAGGACACACUAAAAGAGAUGCUGGACUGCACUGCUGCCAUGAAAACUAUUCGGAUGGAGUACGAGUGGUACCUUAAGGAGAGUUCACCCUGUUGGCAGCAGCAGCUCAAGGAGAAAACACAGGCUGCUCAAAGGAUGAGGAUGGAGGACAACAUGAGGUCAUGUCUUAAAAACACAAAAAAACCAGAAGUAACAGAGGCUUCUGCAGAUCAACAUUCACAAGGCUAUAUCAAAAGAAAAAAAGAUGGUCACAUCCACUCAGACUACAACCAAUUCCCAGGAAUUCCCAUGAGAGCAUCCCAUCAGCCUCAGAGUUCCUCUCGUGUCCCUCCAUUCUUCCUCUCACAUCCUCACCCAUUUGUGCUCCACCAUCUCUCCUCCACACCCAGUCAUCACCCCUGGCCCAGGCAUAACACACCUGGCCAGUCUUCCCUGCACGCCGACUGCCCCUGGUCCUGGAUGGCAGCUGCAGAUGGUCUCCCUGAGGCUCUGUGGGGUCAGCUCUACAGCAAGGAGCCUCCCACUGAGUUGAUGGCUUCACCGACUGUGGCACAGGGGUCUGAGAUAAGUGGGGCAUCCAGCCCCAGGGGAGAGAGAUGUGGUGGAAGGAGGAGCAGUCGUUUGUCACAUGAGCUGGACAUUAAACCAGUACGUCUGUCCAGUGGUCAUGCAGAGAGCAGCGAGAGUGAUUCCACUCAAGUCAUCAGAGAGAGGAGGAAAAAGGAGACGAGAGGAAGGUCACAGUGCACCUCCUCUGAGAAGCAAAGUCACAGCUCAGAGGGGUCAUCUAGAUCUUCCAGUACUGUCAUCAUUGCCUCAGAUGCAGUGGUCCAAAGCUUUCAAAGGGAUGUCUCCUCAGGGAAAUGCAAGAAGAGGAGGCAAAGGAGUGGGGUACAAGUUGAACAAGUCAGUGAACCACUGAGCGCAGAGAAGGUGCUAAAGGAAAAAAACAGGAACAAAGGCGAUGAAUCUGCGAGUCAGCGUUCAAGUGAAGUGUCAGGAAGGGAAACUGAAGAAUCCACAGGCAAAAAUGCAGAAAAUGCAAGUGCUGAUGACAAAUUAGAGCAGUGCAGAAGAGAAGAUUCAGGAAGCAUUUGUAUACAGCUUAAAUGUAAAGCUAGGGAUGAAAAACAAAAGCAGAUUAUUAGCUCUGAGCAAAGCAGUUCAGAAGAAAAGGAUGAAGCCGACGAGCAUCAGGAAGAUAGAGGGGAGAAUAAAACUGAAGACAAAGAGGACAGCUUGGUAGGUGAUGAUCAAGAUGGAGAUGUGGAGGAUGAGCCUGAUGAAAAAGAAAAAUGUCUGAAAGAGAAGGAACAAAAAGAAAAAGAUGAGGAGGAAGCUGAUGAGAAAGAGGAGGAUGAGCUGGAGGAGCAGAAAUGCAAAGAUAAAGAUGAGCUAAAGAAAGAUGAUAGUGACGACAGAAGUUCAGCCUCCUCACAGGAUGAAGAGGAUGAGAGUGAACAAGACAAGACAGGAGAGGAUGAGGAGGGGUCCGAAGACGAAGAGCAGGGAGAGAGUGAGGAGGAGCAGAGGAGUGACAAGGAAGGAGAACCAGAGGAGGAGGAAAGCGAUUCAGAAGAAAGCGUAAUCUCUCCACAGGACAAGAGGAGACACAAUAUUCCUGAGGAAGCAACAGAAGAUGGAGAGAAGGCAGCGAAUAAAGCAGGAUUCUCUGACGGGGACGACUCAAACGAUUUCAGCGAGCAGGAUGACAUAGAGAAUCUCCUUAUGCCUCAAGAACAAAGACAGAAAAGAGAAGACAAGGACCUGAAACCUGCAGAGAAACUCAAAGUUUCUGACUUGAAGAUGGUUCAAGCAGAGGAGAACAGAUCAACAAAGAUCACACCUCAACGCAGCGACUCUGAUGAGUUUGACCACUUUUACGAUUAAAAAAAACAAAACCUAAACCAAAGCAUGUUUGAUACGAAGCU